CAGAUGGAGUGGGUCAGUCCAGGCUGCUGAACCUGUUGAGGACUUUUCUUCUGCUAACAGGAGCACAAGCUUAGGAACAAAAGUAGGAAGUGGGAAUUGGACUUGUCUGUUGAUAAUGAGUUUGCUGAGAGCAUGUUUUAUAACGUGAUGGAUGCAUCUGACUUCCUAAAUCAUUGGUGGGCUUAAUUUACGUAACAAAUGAAUGUUCCUUUUUUUUUUUUUCCUUAAAAAAAAAAACCUUUCGAAAGAGGAAUUUGUAGGCUGCUGCCAAGUAGCUUGUCUCACCUACUGUAUAGGGAGUGCAGUGAGCAUUUAGAGUAGCUAGUCACUUCGGAAUAUCCCUCAAACAACAAAGGCUCUUCAACAUUUGUAUCCAAGUCCAUGUUGAUAGUCAGGAUAAACCGGGAGGAGGUUAAACGUCUCAGGAGAUGUGUGGCGGCACAGCGAAGACCACAAACCGGCCCCCUGGCCGGCAGGAUUCAGCCAGUUACGUGAGUGAUGCUGUUUCUGGUGCUGGGAGGACUUGCAAGACACUUUUCUGCACAAAGAUUCGAAAACGUGCCAGGGUAGGAAGGGGCACUGAUCACACGGAACUCAACAGCAGUUGGUCAUGUUCGGAGUUUGACCUGAAUGAGAUUCGCCUGAUCGUUUACCAAGACUGUGAAAGGCGAGGUAGACAAGUCUUGUUUGAUUCUAAAGCUGUUCACAACAUUGAAGAGGUGGCAACUCAGAAAACAGAGGAUGUCCCUAUUAAAACGUCAGCCAAGUGCUGUCAGGGAGGCAGCAGCAGCACCAGCAGCAGCAUCUCUUCCUACAGUUCUUCUGGGGGAGCCUCACAGUACGCGAAGGAGCAGCUUCCCAAGUACCAGUACACAAGACCAGCUUCGGAUGUCAACAUGCUAGGGGAAAUGAUGUUUGGCUCAGUUGCAAUGAGUUACAAGGGCUCCACCUUAAAGAUACACUAUAUACGCUCUCCUCCGCAACUGAUGAUUAGUAAAGUCUUCUCUGCUAGAAUGGGCAGCUUCUGUGGGAGCACAAAUAAUUUGCAAGACAGCUUUGAAUACAUCAACCAAGACCCCAACUUGGGAAAGCUGAACACAAAUCAGAAUAAUUUGGGUCCUUGUCGUACUGGAAGUAACCUAGGUCUGCUGCAGGCAUGCAGCAGCAAGCUGCUGCAGGGGGUGGCAGAAGGAGGACCUCUCCGGCUCACCCGGAGUGCUUCUUUCUUUGCAGCACAUAGCACUCCAGUUGACAUGCCAAGCAGAGGGCAGAAUGAAGACAGGGACAGUGGCAUUGCUCGAUCAGCCUCCCUAAGCAGCCUCUUGAUUACACCGUUCCCAUCUCCAAGUUCCUCUACGUCCUCUUCUAGCAGCUACCAGCGCCGCUGGCUUCGAAGUCAGACAACAAGUUUGGAAAAUGGCAUCAUUCCAAGGAGGUCAACUGAUGAGACAUUCAGCUUGGCUGAAGAAACCUGUAGUUCUAAUCCGGCCAUCGUUCGGAGGAAGAAAAUCGCCAUAAGCAUCAUCUUUUCCCUGUGCGAGAAAGAGGAGGCCCAAAGGGAUUUCCAGGACUUCUUUUUUUCUCACUUCCCCCUGUUUGAGUCUCACAUGAACAGGUUGAAGAGUGCAAUUGAAAAGGCCAUGAUCUCCUGUAGGAAGAUAGCAGAAUCAAGUCUCCGAGUCCAGUUUUAUGUCAGCCGUCUGAUGGAAGCUCUGGGAGAAUUCAGAGGGACUAUCUGGAACUUAUAUUCUGUUCCAAGGAUAGCGGAACCUGUAUGGCUCACCAUGAUGUCCAGCACUUUGGAAAAAACCCAGCUCUGUCAGCGUUUUCUCAAGGAGUUCACACUCCUAAUAGAACAGGUCAACAAAAACCAGUUUUUUGCUGCCUUACUGACUGCAGUGUUAACCUACCACCUGGCCUGGGUACCGACUGUCAUGCCUGUUGAUCACCCUCCCAUUAAAGCCUUCUCAGAGAAACGCACCUCUCAGUCGGUGAACACACUGGCCAAAACACAUCCGUAUAAUCCUCUCUGGGCACAGCUGGGUGAUCUCUACGGAGCCAUCGGCUCUCCAGUUAGGCUGACGCGCACCGUGGUGGUGGGGAAGCAGAAGGAUUUGGUCCAGCGCAUACUUUACGUCCUGACCUACUUUCUCCGCUGUUCUGAGCUGCAAGAGAACCAUCUGACCUGGAAUGGGAAUCACGGAGAAGGGGACCAGCUGUUAAAUGGGAGCAACAUCACAACAGCCUUGGAGAAGGGAGAGGUAGAGGAGUCUGAGUACGUGGUGGUCACGGUGAGAAGUGAGCCUGCUCUCCUGCCCCCCAUCCUGCCAGCAACACUGACUGCUGAGGGAAGGAGCCCCGGACCCGAGGGCCUGGCUGGGACUCCAGAGGACAAGGACAUCAGAGACCUUUGUACCCAACCUGACACAGAAGGAAACAAGAGUUCUGUGGCCUGCAGCCUGGACUACCAGGACCCAGCCCUGGGCAGCUCUUGGAAACCACAGGAUGUAUUUUGUGGGGAGGAAGAAAGUGAAAAAGAGGCCCCAGGAGAUGGCUGUUCCAGGUUCUCCAGCUGGAAAGGUUUGGGGGCAGGAUUGAAGGCCAGUGAGGAGUUCAAAAGGGAGAUGACUAAGAAACUACCGCACCGGUCAGCGGCCUGGCCUUGCCCGGACAGACCUCCCCGGGAGAAGCCUCCCCUAGAAAAGGUCACUUUCCAGAUUGGGAGCUCCGUAUCUCCAGAGUCUGACUUGGAAAGCCGUGCUCAGAAAAUGGAGGAGCGGCUCACGGCCUGUAGGCAACAUCCAGAGUUAGCAGGUUGUCCCUUGGUGGAGCCCAGGGUGGCCGCUGACGCAGCUCAGGGCCAGCAGGUUUCUAGGUGCUCCUUCCUGCCUGGCUUCCGGCAGAGUGUCUGCUGUCCUCAGAAUCCGCCAUCUGAGGGGGAUGAGGGUGACUUUGACAGGACUUACGCUGAGGACAGAGGUUUCAGCACUGAGGCUGCAGCAGAUGCUGCCGGGCAGCUCAACCCCCCUGCCGACUCAUCUGCCCCUGAUGCCAGUGCGGCAGGAACUGGGCAGAGGACACUGGAGAACACAAGAGGGUUGCAUUCGAAGGCUGGGGAGGGACCUUUGAUAGAGCCUGUGUCUGGCAAGUGUGCACAGCAGGACUCUGGCACCUCCGUUGCUACAGAUGUCCCCUGUGGGGAUGCCGACGGGACGGCUGAUUUCAGGACUGAAGGAGACAUUCCCAGAAACGAAAGCUCGGAUAGCGCUCUUGGAGACAGUGAUGACGAAGCGUGUGCUUCAGCCACACUGGAUCUAGGUCACAGCAGCGACCAGGCUGAAGGGUCCUUGGAAGUGGAGCUGCCUCUGCCCAGGUCUCAGAGCAUCAGCAACCCGAAUGUCAGGAACUUUGGCCGCUCCCUUCUGGCGGGUUACUGCCCCACGUACAUGCCUGAUCUGGUGCUCCAUGGGACCAGCAGCGACGAGAGGCUGAGACAGUGCCUGAUGGCUGACCUGGUCCACACGGUCCAUCAUCCAGUGCUUGAUGAGCCCAUAGCUGAAGCCGUCUGUAUUAUCGCAGACACGGACAAGUGGAGUGUGCAGGUGGCCACCAGUCAGAGGAAAGUGAUGGACAGCACGAAACUAGGCCAGGAUGUCCUGGUCUCUAGUCAGGUGUCCAGUUUACUUCAAUCCAUUUUACAGCUUUACAAGCUUCACCUCCCUGCUGAUUUUUGCAUCAUGCAUCUUGAAGAUCGACUACAGGAGUUGUACCUGAAAAGUAAGAUGCUAUCUGAAUAUCUUCGUGGACACACACGAGUCCAUGUGAAAGAAUUAGGUGUCGUACUGGGCAUCUUCCUGAGGGUCUCUGCCGUGACUUCUCUAAAGAAGAAGUGGGGACUUGUCCUUACCUACCAUGAUGGUUCCCCUAAUUUGGGCAAGAAAAUAUUGUGAUUGAAUCGAAUGACCUGCCUCUGUUGACUGCUGUCGCCAGUACUCAUUCCCCGUACGUGGCUCAGAUCCUCUUAUAAGCUUAAGCUCAGGACCAUUCUUCCUUGGCAGGAAAAACACACACAUUCUCAUGUGGAGGAGAAGAGAAUAAGCUCUCCAUGACGUCCAAAGCAUAAGAAGAGCAAACAGAAACAGUCAUUCCACCGCUUUGUCUUGUUUUAUCUUGUUGCUUUCAAGUGGAUGCUUUAUUGGAACUUAGGUUUACUUGACAUAAUGGCAUGUGUGUUUCCCAUGAACACUGUAGGUCUUUGUUACCCAGGAGUCAACAGAGAGAGUGACCUUUCUGGAAGGAGGAAGCAUAUGCACUACACUACACACUAAGCUGUUGGUACUGCUCGCCUUGUGUGUUCGGGACAAACGACAAGGGACUUUGGAGCAGGAGGUAAACAAUGUGCAGACCAUUCCAGCAGGAAAAUGCUUCAGAGCUGACGCAUGAGCUCUCCACGCUGGAGAAAGCAUAUUCCACUAUCCUAAGAAGACAUCAGGAAAGGACUUCAGAUUCCAACUUGGAGUUUGCUUUUUACAAAAGGUGAAGUAAAGAAAGCCACAUGGGCCCUUGUCAGCUCUGGUGGCUGUGGGAGCGACAGUCUGACCUAAAACAGGGAAGAAUAUUGACUGUUGGGAAGAGAGUGCUAUAGGGACCCGCUCUUUUCACAUCUUCUUGGAGUUUUCCUUGUCUCAGAUACAGCCACAGGUAGGUUAGAGGUGGAUUGUUGGUGCAAUAAACCCAAGAAUCAAUGUAGCAUCUUAAUCCCAUCAGGAUGGAGUUUGUAGCAGCAAAGUACACAGCCUGAUACCGUGUGUUUAACCUUAUACUUCAGAGCUUUCAGCAGCCUUUUUAAGAGAGGCCAUUUACCAAAGUUAUUUCUAUAAGCUCAAGAGUAUUCCUUUUGCUAAAUUCUUCUAGCCAAAGCCACUUUCUUCCUGUAAUAGCUAAUACAAAUGACUAUUUAUACUCUACAAGGCACAGCUGUCCUGGUGGGAAAUGAAACCUGCAACAGUUCAGGAUGACUAAUGAAAGCAAUUAGUUUGAACAUUUAUAAACAAUUCAUACAUGGUCUACAUUUUUACAUUAUCAUCUCUGUGCCUUCUAAUUCCUACAUACUUUUCAAAACACUGUUCCAGAAAGUAACUCCCCCAUAGUAUCGAACCUGCCAAAAUGAGGAAUUGUUUAUUUGCUAGCAUAGUUGACUUUAAAAAAAUAAAAAACACGAAACAUGUAAUUUUCUGUUACUACAAAAUAAAUUUUUCUUAGUUUACUGACCAUGAACUAUGACCCUGUCAGACGAUGUACUGACAUCCAAGAUAAAGAAAACGACUUAAAAAAUUGAUCAUUAAAUGACAAGAGCUGAUCUAGUAAAACAGAACAUUGUUAGCUAAUUAUAACCAGGCUCCAAUUUCCUUUCACUCUUUUAUAAGAAAAUGAAGUAACUUCCCGACUAGGGGUUAGAAUGACUUCAGAUUUUCUAUUUGAUAAAAUCCUAUCUUAAACACCAAGUUACAUAAGCGUGUCUCUUCUUUUACAAAUGCAAGUGAAUUACUUGUUUGAAAGAGCACCUAAUGGGAAAAAAUGGGUGUAUUACUUCUUAGGAAUGAGUCAGAUUUGCUGCCUUCCGCUCUUUUUUUUUUAUGAUGUGAAAUGUAGAUGGGUGCAUUAAAGCUCUUAAGAUCUUUAAUUUUUAUUUUAUGUCUUUCUUUCAUAAAAUUGAAAUUUUCCAUCCUUUGUAGAUUUUUCUGUUUUCUUUUGCCUAACAUCUGAGUUUGUAUUUUAAAUUCUCUGGUUCCAUGACCUCAUUGCUUGUUGUGAUGUUACACAGAGAGAAUGAGCCUUACCUGUGGCUCAGCUCACUCGUCACUUGCUUUUCAUUACAUGUAAAUGAAUGGUCAGGCUGGUGUUACAUCAUUUCCAUCUGCACCAGUUUAAAGCAUUCCCUCAUCUCUUGUUCCCUGUUCCUUGUUUACACGUUUGGGCACUUUCCCUCAUUCACCGCCUUCCAGGGUUUCAUAGAAUAUAACUAAAUCCAAAAUCAAUUCCAUUCUUAUGUGGCAUGUUGAAAAUUAGACCCAUAUAGGGGGAAAUUGAGACUUAAAAGGCUGAUUCUAAACUUCAUACAUAAAAGAUUGAGCCCAGCCCCCUCAAAACCUGAAAAGAUUUCAUUUGCCUUUUAAUCUACUUUUCCAAAACUCUUGGAAACGUCUGUUGGAAAACCACAGGUGGGUCACACGUGGGGAUGGUUUCAGUGAUGCUCAGGGUUCCGGUCAGAACCUAAUCCUCACACCUAUUGCCUGGAGAAACAGACUGAGAAUGUUGCUGCUCUUUUAGAACCCUCCUUUAAAUAGCAUUCAAGUUUUGUCUGUCUUAAAUUCAACCUCUUCCCAAAAGUAGAAAAGAAAAAGAAUCUCAUGGGCUUGUGUUGAGAUACACCCACUCACACACCAUACACCACCCAGUGACUUCAUUCUGUCUUAGCUGCAGAAGCAAAAAAGGGAUUCCACCCUCUCUCAUGCCCACCUCAAAAAACAAAAUUUUUUAAAAAAUUUUUUGAAAAAACUACCUCAGUUGACAGGAUUCCACCUUUAGGGUUUCUUCAACUUUUAAGUCUUACCUGUUGAGUGUAGCUUUUGUAGAAUCUUGCUUCUUUAAGCAAGCUAGUGAGGCAUGACAGAGCAGAGUGUAUACGUGUUCCUGUGAUGGCCCUCUUUCUAGCAUGUCGCAGUUUUAUUUUUAAUAGAUUGAUACGUGAUACAAAUGUAAAGAUAAUUGUGUAUGUUUAAACAUGACAAUGAAAAUUUAAAAUGUAGCUUCCAUACUUGUGCAUAACUCCAAAGUAUUUUAUUUUUAUCAGUGUUAAAUAGCUUUUUGUACAGGCUUCGAUCCAUUUUUCUGAAGUGUGCUGUUUUUUAAUGAAAGUAACUAUAAUCUUUUCACAUCCCAUGGAACUGCCGUUUACACAUCACAACUUUUUAAACUUACCAUAUUUUUCAAAAUUAACUUUUUUGGAGGGAGGGAAAUUCCUGCUUGCUAAAUGAUACUAAACUGUUGUUUGGGGCUCUUAUCAUUAGGUCCUGAGAUUUUAUAAAAAUUUAGUCUGUAGCUUUUCAGGUUCUUCACUAGAGUUGGUUGUACAUAAAAAUAAAGAAUAUAAAGUGACCCCCCCCCAAAUUCUUUUAAAUGUCUGGAUUUUUCCAGUCUUAUGUACUUUUGGAACUAUUUUGUUCAUGCAUACUUUCACCAUUAAAUUGAGUCUUUAGCUUCUCUAGGUAAAUGUGAACCAUUUGUUUUGUACUGUGCUUUGUGGGAGGGGAUAUUUUGUUAUAAUACUUGCCUAAAUCAAGCAGUCCCCUCUGAAUGUUAAUUUUUAAAUGUCAAAAUUUGGUGAACUAUAUAUCUUGGAAGCAAAAUUGCAAUAUGCUUACAUUUAAGUGAUGUUUAAACAAGGAGAAAAUUCUGGGAUUUGUUACCAUUGAAGCUUCAUGAAGACAAAUUGAUAGGACCUUAUAUUUUUGAUCAGUUAAAUAGCUAUCAAUGUCAUUGUAUGGAAAUUUUUUUCUUAAAACGUGUCCAUGUAUUAUUUUGAUCCAUUUUUUUUUUUUUGUGGCAUUUGGUGCAAUAAACCUUUUGAAUUUAUCUGAA